GUUUCCGACACUCGACGCGGGGAGGGGAGAGCAGGCGUGCUCGGCGCGUGCGGGGGACGGAGACGUUGCAAGAGGCGGCGUGGUGCGCACGCGCGGGCGAGUGAGGAGAGGGAGGGAGGGAGAGAGAGCGCGCGAGGCUCGUCCCUUCCAGGGAGGGGGAAGGCACCCGCCCGUCCGCCCGCGCGACGGUGGGGCUACGAGUGGCCCAGCAGCAGCACCAGGAGCGUCGCUUCCUCAGAGGGAAGAAAGAAGGGAGGGAGCCGCCCUGCAGCCAAGAAAUCUGGGCCCUGGCAAAGGAAGGGAGGCUCUGCUGCCAUGAGCCCUCCGGCAGCAAGCCCCAAAAUCCUGUACCGAAAUUCCCGCCUGCUCCGCAUGGUGUUUCUGCAGCUUCAUCGCCAACAGAGAGCUGAUUUAUUUUGCGAUGUUGUCCUGCAAGCAGAAGGACAAGCUGUUCCAGCACACUGUUGCAUCCUGUCAGCCUGCAGCCCCUUCUUCACUGAGCGCUUGGAGCGAGAAAUGCCCCCCAAAGGACACAAAGUGGUGCUGGAGAUCCGGGGCCUCAAGAUCGGAACACUACGUAAACUGGUCGAUUUCCUCUACACUUCUGAGAUGGAGGUGUCUCGGGAGGAAGCCCAGGAUAUUAUUGCAGCCGCGCGGCAGCUUCAGGUGUCAGAGCUCGAAUCACUUCAGCUGGAGGGAGGGAAGUUAGUCAAAAGGUCACUGGGCCCACGGUUAAACCGUAAUUGCUUGCAGCUUUCCAGUCCAGUAUUCAGUCCGGAGGCAAGCUUGAUGCAGUCUCCUGCGGUCUCUGAUGGUAGCUCCUUGACUUCCUUGGUGGUUGCACGCAAGCAACGUGCAGCAGCGAAACUUCCAUGCACCAAAGAUAGCAAUAAUGGUGCUGGCCAGAAAGAGACAAAGAAGCAAAAGCCUGUGGCAGCAAUUCUAAAUUGUGACAAACAACAAAUGCCUAAGGGCCCAACAGUUCCUACUGAUCCAUUGCGAAUAAAAGGCAAAAAACGUGCAGCAAGUAUGUUAAGGAAUACAUCAGGCAAUGAUGAGGUUGACAAUUCGCAAACAGAGGAAACUGGGAGUGGAGAAAAGCAAGAGGCAGUUAGCUCCCAGGAGGCAAAAAAGAUCAAGAUCAGCCGCUCAAAGCUCUCAACUCGGCUUUCACCCACACCUUGUACAACCAAAAACCAUAGCACCACAGCAUCUAGCAAGUCCUCAAUGUCUGCCAGGCGUCUUUGGAGACAGAAGAUUCCCCCUAGUAAGGAUGGGACUAAAGAGGGGGAAGACACCUGCCAUUCAGAGGGCUUCCGGAGCCCCUCUCUUGUUCCUAAGACUGCUAAAGGCAGGAAGCGCAAUGUCAGCGAACCAGCUGCCAGCUCUAACCUUCCUCCUGAGGCAGGACAGAUUGGCCGGGUGAAGCUCCGGAAGGUUGUGAAUGGCAGCUGCUGGGAAGUGGUGCAGGAAUCGUUCACAGAGCCCACAGGGGGAGCAAACACUGUGUAUGUUUUGCAAGACAAGGACCCCCAGCCUCAGCCCCAUUUUCCUAAGGCAGAAAGAGUUGAUGCACAAGAAUCAGCCAGCUCUCCUAAACUUCCUGCAAAACAGAAGGCUUCACCUUAUAGUGAAAAGAACCUGGUGGAAGAGCACAAAAGCAAAGAGGUGUUAGGUGAAGCAGACAGUGGUGUUGUAACCUCUUACGAACUCAGUGUGUUUGAACUAGAACAUCUGACUGAGGAUGAACAAUAUGGUAGUGUGGCUUCAAAUGGAGAAUUGGAGCACAUGUUGGAUUUGCUUCUGGCAGAUGAUGAUUCUCCUGGGGACUCCCAAGGCACCACUAUUCCAGGUAGUGUAAAUGUAUCAGGCCUUGCAUUAGGAGAAAAAAAGAGUCCUUUGGAAAUUGCAGGAAAUGAAGAAAAGGACAGGUCUUCCACAGAUACGUCAGUGUGUCAGCCAUUGGUUAAGUCUGAAGAUAGACCCCUAAAAACGGAGCAGGAGGCUUCUAAUCUAGAAAUAGAUGAAGAAACUCAUGGCUCAGUGAAUGGACUUCUCUUGACAAACCCCGUUCUUGAUUCCCUUCCUCUUGUGGCAGCGGAACCAGGUCAUGAUAGUUCAGCCUUGUGCAAAGCAGCUUCUCUGCCUGAGCUGGACGACUGGACAGUGCCUGGACAUCAAUUGACUGCCUUAGAAAAUGACACUGGCAGGUUUUCUGAGGCUUUGGCAGUUGUUUCGGCAGGUAACAAGGACCAAGGGCUGCUGCCUCAUGGAGUAGGAAUCUCAGGUACAGAAGCACAGUGGCCGACUCAAGUUGUGCGGAGGAACCCUUUGCAACACAACUUGGACUGCAAGCUACUACCCCUCUUAGCCAGCUUAGAAGAAGAAGAGCUAGAAGUUGGUGGGGUAGAAGAACUCUUUGUUAGCAUUGAGUGUGUCCGGCCAGAUCCCUCUCCAGUGUCUGAAACUGAAGUGGAUGUUCUAAGCUAGUGAGCUUCUUCAAAGAGGUGUAUUGAGGCUCAGUUACCCAUACCUCCAUGAAGCUGCUCCUCUUCCACCCCAAAGCUUGCAAGUGGGGAACAGUCUGAUGAAUAGAUGGUGCAAGGACAAGAAUAAAUGUUGAGUUGUGACUUGUUCAAAUAAAGUUUAUGUUUUUCUGCGA